GGGGGAAUCUGGCCGAGGCACGUGGGGGCGGCACGGCGGGACCCCUUUGUUGCGGCCCGGCUGUGCAGGGGCGGGUUUUGUCCUUCCCCCUCCUUUCUCCUGCCUCGGAAAAAAGUUUCAGCUUCUCCAGGGUGCGCUUGGAUCCGCUUCUCCCCCUGCUCCGCUGUAGUGCCGGUUUUCAGCAACUUCCUCCUGUAGUUCCAGCCUUUAAAGUUCAGUUGUCCAGCGUGCUCAUGUUAAGCGCUGGGGAGUUUUCUUUAAUAACAGCACCUCAAAAGUUUUGGAUUCUUUGCGGCCACUUCCCCCCUUCCCGUGCAAUUUUUAUGACUUCUGGUAUUGUUACUUUGUUCUCUUUGUAAGGAACAGUAAACUCGUGAAACCAGUUUCACUUUCAGGUUGUUGCUGGAAAUAUUUGAAAGUGUAGCAAUUUCUGCCCGGCGUGGCUUUAAAAAUUAAAAGUCCUACUUCAAAGCGUAUGAUGACUACGGUAAAAACUUUUGUGUGCGAAAAAGCAAUUUAUUUUAAAAUGUGGCUGGCAACUGCUGUGAUUUUUCACAUCUAGACCAAGUCAAAACUGAAAGCUGCAGGGCAAUCUCCUGCAUUUUAAAUCAAAAUUAUUUGGCAGGUUUGAGGAGCCACAUUUACCUAUUUAUUGUAUUCAACAUCUUGAUUUUGACUUAAAAGGAGUGGACUAAGGCUAUGAGAGUCUAAUCUGGAGCAUUUAAUGAGAACUAAAACAAUAUGUUCCCUUAAAAAGGCAGUAAAACUUGGCAGGUCAAUUGUCUUUACUCAUUCCUUCAUCGUUUUGUGGAAGUGUGUAACGUAGGCUGUAGGGAACUAUGCAGAGGGAUCUUGUCUCCCAGGAAUAGUUUAGGUGUUGUUCUUGAGAGCAUGUGGGCUUGUGCAUGUGCAGAAGGAUUGCAAACUGGAAGUAAGAAUUCUCUUAAUUGUUCCCCAAAGAGCGAGGUGCCUCUGGCAGCAGUGAUAACAUGCACAAAAGUUCCCUCUCAUUGGCUUUGAUUUCUCUUACCUUCUAAAAUUUGAUUUAAUUUUGCAAGGCUUUUGAUAUCUUCUGCAAACUACUACUGCAUUCCUUCCUUUCUCAGGUAAGUUGGUACACUCUGGGCAUGUGGGAUCAUUUGCUGAACCUGGCUCUGAGCAUGUGGAAUGAAUUCAGGUGCUGAAGACUUUGAUUUUGGGUUGGUGGUGGUUUUGGGGUGUUUUACAUUUAAAUUUAUUAUUUUAUUUGGGUUUGGGUGUUUUUUUGUUAGUUUUCUUAAUGGUAACACAGUGUUUAAAGUGAAAUAUUUGCCUCUUCGAGAUACUCCUGUAAGGGCUUUGUAGAAACAUAAUGGAGUUUGUAACGGAUUUUUAGUUUUCUCAAAAUUCAGAUAUUUCACAUAUUAAUCAUCACACCCUCCUCCAAAAUUUCCUGCUAAUGUGAUAUAUUUUUUUAUGAAAGAGUCUUCCCUCUUGUGUGAAACCCCCUGGGGAAGAGGCUAUGGACAAAACCAUUGGCAAACAGCAGAAACUGGCUUCAGACAAAAUGCUGUCAUACAUAGCAAAUGAAGAGACAGGAAAAAACAUUUCUGUAAUUUUCCAGCAGAGAUUUUACUUAUAAUAAGAGUGGAAGGCACAUUUCCAGAUAGAGACAGAACAUAGUUCCCAAGUGGAAAGGAAACGCCGAGACUCGUUCGGGAUGUUUGACGGUUAUGAUAGUUGUAGUGAGGACACCAGCAGCAGCUCCAGUUCAGAUGAGAGUGAGGAGGAGGUUGCUCCUUUGCCAUCCAGUCUCCCAAUUAUCAAGAACAAUGGGCAAGUUUAUACUUAUCCAGAUGGCAAAUCUGGCAUGGCUACAUGUGAGAUGUGUGGGAUGGUUGGCGUCCGGGACGCUUUUUACUCUAAAACCAAGCGCUUCUGCAGCGUGUCGUGCUCCAGAAGCUACUCCUCCAACUCCAAGAAGGCCAGCAUUCUGGCCAGGCUUCAGGUAGCGGGUAAACCUCCGACAAAGAAGGCUAAAGUUCUACAAAAACAGCCCUUAGUGGCUAAAUUAGCAGCAUAUGCCCAGUACCAAGCAACUUUACAAAACCAGGCAAAGACAAAAGCAGCAGCUGUCCCUGUGGAAGGUUUCAGCUGGGGUAACUACAUCAAUAGUAAUAGCUUUACAGCAGCUCCUGUUACCUGCUUUAAACAUGCACCCAUGGGGACUUGCUGGGGUGAUAUUGCAGAAGGAGUGCGAGUGGAGGUUCCAAACACUGACUGCAGCCUACCUACCAAAGUCUUCUGGAUAGCUGGAAUUGUAAAAUUAGCAGGCUACAAUGCUCUGCUGAGAUAUGAAGGCUUUGAAAAUGAUUCAAGUCUUGACUUCUGGUGCAACGUUUGUGGGUCUGACAUCCACCCAGUUGGCUGGUGUGCAACCAGUGGGAAGCCCUUAGUUCCUCCUCGAACUAUCCAACACAAAUACACAAACUGGAAAGCUUUUCUAGUGAAACGACUUACUGGUGCCAAAACACUUCCUCCUGACUUUUCUCAGAAGGUGUCUGAGAGUAUGCAGUACCCUUUCAAAACUUCCAUGAGGGUGGAAGUGGUGGACAAGACGCAUCUCUGCCGGACAAGGGUGGCGGUGGUGGAAAGUGUCAUUGGGGGCCGCCUGAGGUUGGUGUAUGAAGAGAGUGAGGACAAAACUGAUGACUUCUGGUGCCAUAUGUACAGCCCACUCAUUCAUCAUAUUGGCUGGUCUCGAAGUAUAGGACACAGGUUCAAAAGAUCUGAUAUUACAAAGAAACAGGAUGGACAUUUUGAUGCACCCCCACACUUAUUUAUGAAGGUAAAAGAGGUUGAUGCAGCUGGAGAGUGGUUUAAAGAAGGAAUGAAGCUGGAAGCUAUAGACCCCCUAAACCUUUCAGCAAUAUGUGUGGCAACUAUCAGAAAGGUGUUAGCAGAUGGCUAUCUUAUGAUUGGGAUUGAUGGCUCAGAAGCAGCAGAUGGGUCUGAUUGGUUUUGUUACCAUGCCACUUCCCCUUCUAUUUUCCCUGUUGGUUUCUGUGAAAUUAACAUGAUUGAACUAACUCCACCCAGAGGUACAGGUUAUGCAAAACUCCCUUUUAAGUGGUUUGACUACCUCAGGGAAACUGACUCAAUAGCAGCACCAGUGAAGCUCUUCAAUAAGGAAGUUCCAAAUCAUGGGUUUCAUGUUGGCAUGAAACUGGAGGCUGUAGAUCUGAUGGAGCCCCGUCUGGUGUGUGUGGCCACAGUGACACGCAUUAUCCACCGGCUUCUGAGGAUACACUUUGAUGGGUGGGAAGAUGAAUAUGAUCAGUGGGUGGAUUGUGAGUCCCCAGACCUGUAUCCUGUGGGAUGGUGUCAGCUGACUGGGUACCAGCUGCAGCCUCCAGCACCGCAGUCAUCAAGAGAUAGCCAGUCAAGUUCAUCCAAACAGAAGAAAAAAGCUAAAUCGCAACAGUACAAAGGACAUAAGAAAAUGACUUCAUUGCAGCUGAAGGAGGAGUUGCUGGAUGGAGAGGAGUACAGCUUCCUGCAGGGAGCAUCUGACCAGGAGAGCAACGGCUCCGCCAGCUACUACAUCAAACAGGAGCCCUGAGGCAGCUCCCAGGAGUGUGGGGCACAGCAUUGGUGAUAGGAAAAGAACCUUUCUCCAAGACUGACUGAUUCUGUUCCCACUUGGAUGGUGCAGUUCGGGUGACUGUGCCUGGGGCACUUUGCUAACUGUAGGUGAAUUAGACUCAGUUCAGAAUUUUUUGGAAGGGCGGGGAAACUAUUUUAGUGAAAAAGAUUUUUCAAUUUAUUAAAAACAAAAAAAAUGGACACUUUUGUGUUGUAUUUGAAGCUUUUGAAAGAAUUUUGUAAUAUUUUCAAGUUCAGAUUUAUUGUGCAUUGUUAACAAGAACUGAAAUUCUAAUUUUUUGGUAAGAUUAAAGUUUAAUUAGCAUGGUUGUGGGAAGCAGUUGGAGGAAGAUAUAGUUGCAAAUACAAAUGAACUGUCAUAACAAAUGAACCUUUUUGGUACAAGUUGGGAGACUUUUAGACUCUUGUGAACUGCACUGGUCACGCCUCUGUUUUUUUAAUUGUGAAAAUAAGGCUUUUAAGCCCUGAUUUAGAGGCAUAAAUUGUAUGUGGAAGAUAGUGCUGUAAAGCUCUACUCAGUGAGUAGGCCCAAGUGCAACGGAGCGGAGCCAUGGCCUGAGGAAGAUUUUAACUUUUCAAGGUGUUUUUAUUUAGUUUAAAAUACCUUUUUCUAUAUAAAAUUUUGGUUUUUAAUGUUCCUUAGGGUCUGAUUCAGUGCCCAUUAGUAUCAGUAGCCUUGUCUCCAUCGACUGCAGUGGGCAUUGGAUUGGAUCUAGAAAGCCCUUGUCUGUACAUGAAUGUCUGUAGUCUUGGAAUGCUUCAGCAGAUGUUUACAGAGCCCUAUGCCAAACUGGAACUUCAGAAAAUUCCCUCAUUGGAAGAUUAGUUUUAGCUCUGAAUUUUGACUGAAGAAGCAGCUUAGAUGGACAGUCACUAAGGACUCCCUUGGUUAUUGGGAAGGAACUUGUGAGUAUUCUUGUGAUUUUUUUUUUUCUUUCUUUUUAAAUUUUUUUCCAUUCAGGAAGCCCUAAAUGUUUCCUUACCAUCUUAAAUAUUUAUCUGUGACCAUUCAGAACUGAUGUGCCACGUGGUUUCAGGUGAGCUGAAAGGAGCCCUACACUGUGGAUUAAAAAUUAGUUCAGUCCUGCAUAGCCUGCAAUAUUCAUGUCUUGCUGCAAUAGUGUAACAUAGGAGUUGUGACUUGAGAACAGUAUAAAAAUUACAUGGUUUUAGUCUAUAAUUCAUAAACUGGAUUUGCCUAUUGCCUGGAAUUCUUGUCUCAUGUCAAGUAUCCCAUUAGCCCCACCUGGUCAACUUCUAGAAUUUUACAAGGCAAAAGUCACAUAAAAGGGUGAAAAUGACAACCACUUAAACACAAAAUUUUUGCAGGAGCUCUUAGUAAUUUGGAUUUUAUCUUUCCAUAUUUUUAACCUUUGUACAUUUUUGUAAAUGGAGUUGAUGAGUGAGGUGGUUGAUCAGCCCUGCAGAGCUGUGACUGGAAAAAUGUGCAUCAAGAGCUUUAGCUUUUACCAGUAAGGUUCAUUAACUAAACUCUCAGGAAUUAUCUCAUAAGUUCUGCAAGUGCUUCUGGGUCUUCACAGGUCCCCUUCGGAGCAGUACAAUGACUCUUGACCAUAAAUUAGGGCUUAAAAAAAAAAUCGAUCAAAAAUUAUUAACAUCUGUAUUCCUACAGCCUAAGAAAUGCUUUAAGGAUAUCAACCCACACAGCCCCAGGAGACCAUUUUUGUAUAUUGUUGUUUGAGCUUAAAAAAAAAAAGUGCAUAGAAAGUUGAAAACCAGCAAUUUGAUUAUUUUCUAAAAAAUUGCUCUAACUUUGGGUACAUAGUAUUGGUGAUAUGCACAGGUUUACCUCAUUCUAUGCAAGAGGGGUUAAUUACGUAAAGUUUUGUAUUUACUACUGGAAGUAAAACAUGUCCUGUAUAGUGUAGGAAUGUCUGGAAUCCUUUUCUCCCUUACUGGUAACAUUUCUUAAAUAACGACCCAUUUUUAACAACAGCUUCUUCUAUUGACAGAAUCUGUUAAUCAGAUUACAGGAAUCUGUAACUUCAGGUGGUAAAGACAUUUUAGCUCUCUAUAACAGCCAUGAAAAGGACUUUGUUGGACCUGGUAGACUUCAAAUACCUUAUCUCAGAUUCUGACCCACCCAUGAAGUUUAUUUUGAACAGCCUAGAUUGGAGAAGUAGGAUUAGAGACCAUUGUAGUGACACUUUGAGCCUUGAGUGUUUGUUUUCCUAUGUUCUCAAUUUAACCUGCUGUAAAAUCCAGCUCUGCAAGCAUUGAUUUGGUUUGGUAAGUAUAGUACUGUUGAUUUAUUUAUUUUUUUUUUAAUGCAACAACUUGCAGGUUGUCCCAGUCAGCUGGAACAAGGUUCUCACAAUCUUGCUUUCUUCUCUCAUCAGCAGCUUCUGACUUGAGUAGAAAAACUGUUGCAUUAAUUAGUGUUUCCUAAGGUAGAAGGUCGGGCUAGUUAAUGAGUGAGGUGCAUUGCCAGGUCACUAAACUUGGGCUCCUGAGUAUUGCCCAGGCUCAUCCCUGAUUUCAGAGUUGGUCUUCAAAUGUCAAGAGGGAAAAUUAGUCCUUAACACACUUCCUGUGCUGGAAAAUGUAAGAAUCUGUUCUGUCAGUCGUUAUAGUAUUCUUUUAUUCAUCAAACACUAAAGUCUUGUGAGGUGAUGUAUGUUCUCGGGUACCUGUGUGACUUCAGCAGUUGGUGAAAUGUCUUUUGUGUCUCUGAGUUCAUAAUAUGCCUCAGUUGUGUAAUUGUCGAGUACAGUGACAUCUGUGCUAAGCAAACCAUGGAAGGAGCUGCUGGAAGUCACUUGCUGAGGAGAAGCUCAGGAAAACCUGAGCAAGGUGCUACCAGGGAUGUGAUCUCCAGAGAGCCUGUGGCGUGUCCCUGUGGCAGCUCCCUGGCUUUGCAAAGCAUUCCCGUGGCUCUGGGAUGUUUCUCUUGGCUUCAAGCUGUGGUACCUGGCUGAGAGAGCAGCAGAUGUUGGACACCUGAAACCUUCAAUGGGGUCAGACUAAUUCUGGCAUUUGGCACAGCAGGUUUUUCUGACCAUGAGGCAGCCCAAGCCCUGUUCCUGCCCUGGCUGCUGCCCCUUUCCUUGCUCCAAAUCUCUGCUGAUCUUUGAUUGUUAUGUUAUUUUCAGUAGAACUCUAACCUGUUCCUUGCUAUGUCUAAGGAAAGCUACAGCAGUUAUUGAUUCCUUGUUCUACGGAUACUAACACGGGUUUCAGUGUUUGUUUUGGUUUUUUAUUGUUGUUUUCUGUGAUGUGAAUACCCUCCCUCAAUCUUUGUACGAUGGUGCUAAUAUAUUUGGUAACAAUCCUUUAUUGGGAAGGGAUUUUAAAAAACUGUGAUUUCAGCUGAAUUUUUCUUCCUUUUGAUUUUUUUUCAUAUUUAAAAUGAAAAGUCACAGCCAUUUAUACAAAAAAAGGCAUCAGCUUUGGCCCCCGGGAAAAUGUUGGGGCGGGAAUCAAGAUUAAACAAAUGGGGUUUUUACAUAAUUUCUGUAUGUAUUUGAUAUAUAGAUCAAUAUCUGUACAAAUUUAUCUUUUAUUUUCUUGGUAAUUUGUGUGGUCAGUGAGAAAGUAUUUAAAGCUUUCUCAUGCAAUGUACAUAACUCAGUGAAAAAAUGCUUUUGGAGAAAUUAAUGUUACUUUCAUUUUUACGAGACUGCAGAUUUUCAGCAUGGAUGUGAAAAGCAUUAAAAUUAUAACUUUGUGUACAAGAUGAAAAUAAUUCACUAAAUUUGCCUUUUUUACACAAAAUAAAAAUUAUAAAAAGUC